AUGAGUAUAAAAUCUACUGAUGAUAUAUUACAAAAUUUGAAAGAAAUAGAUAAGAAUGAUCAAUUAUUAAAUAAAAAUAAUUAUCUAUUUCAAAGUUUUAAUUCAUAUAAAUCAAGAAAUAAUCAUCAAUCACCUAUUGAACAACAAAAUUUUCGAUCAUGUCAAACAUUUAUUUCAAUUUUAAUUAGUUUAUUUUUUUUAAUUAGUAUAACAAUUAUUGUAUAUCAGAUUUCGAAAUAUUUUAUUCAUGAAAAUUAUUCAAAAAAAACUAAAAUAAAUUGUAAAAAUACAAAUGAUACAUAUACAAAAUGA